CUUGACUGGGCAGAAGGAAAAGCAAACCAGGACAUUCACUUCAUAUUUGCUCUUCCUUUCCGGGAUCUGAAUUUGAUUAAGGAUGAAUACAGUCUGAUUGAUCUGCUUCAUCACUUUCUCCCAGAACUGAAAUCACUUGAAUCCACUGAGCUGUACAGGUACAAAGUUUUGUUGAUCUUCGAUGGUCUGGAUGAGUGUCGCCUUCCUCUAGAUUUUCAGAAUAAUGAGAGCUGGUUUGAUGUAACAAAGAAAACGUCAUUGGAUGUUCUAUUGACUAACCUCAUUAAGGGGAAUCUGCUUCCAUCAGCUCUCCUCUGGAUAACCUCCCAGCCAGCAGCAGCCAAUCAGAUACCUCCUGAGUGUGUCCACCAGGUGACAGAGAUACAAGGUUUCAAUGAUGCCCAGAAGAAGGAGUAUUUCAGGAAGAGAUUUAGUGAUCAGAGCCUGGCCAGCAGGAUUAUCACACAUGUGAAAUCAUCAAGGAGCCUCUUCAUUUUGUGCCACAUACCUGUGUUCUGCUGGAUUUCAGCCACUGUCCUUGAGAGUCUUUUUAGUGAGUCUGACAGUGGAGAAAUUCCAAGGACUCUGACUGAAAUGUACACACACUUCCUGAUCCUUCAGGCAAGUUUUAAAAAUGAGAAGUAUAUGGAAAAACAUAAAAUCAAGCUUAAUGAAUGCACUAAAUCUAGGAAGAAAUUCCUUUUAAAACUUGGUAAACUGGCUUUUCAUAACCUUGAGAAAGGCAAUCUCAUAUUUUAUGAGCAAGAUCUGACAGAGAAUGGCAUUGAUGUCACAGAGGCUUCAGUUUACUCUGGAGUGUGCACAGAAGUCUUUAAAGGGGAGUAUGGGUUGUACCAGGAGAAGGUGUACUGCUUUGUGCAUCUGAGCAUUCAGGAGUAUCUCGCUGCUUUAUACGUGUUUCUGUCAAACUCAUCAGCUGACCUGCUGAAGACUGCAGUGGAUGAGGCAUUAAGGAGCAAGAAUGGACACUUGGACCUCUACCUCCGCUUCCUCCUUGGCCUCUCAACAAAGUCCAGUGAGAUUCUACUGGGACAGACAAGAACCAGUUCACAUAACAUUAAGAAAACAGCCCAGUACAUCAAGGAGAAAAUACGGGAGAAUUUAUCUGCAGAAAGGACCAUCAACCUGUUCCACUGUCUGAAUGAACUGGGUGACAAUUCUCUAACAGAGGAAGUACAAAGAUACCUGAGUUCAGGAAGUCUUUCAGCAGCAGACCUCUCACCUGCACAGUGGUCAGCUCUGGCCUUUGUGUUACUGAUGUCAGAUAAGGAGCUGGAUGUGUUUGAUCUGAAGAAAUUCAUCAGAUCAGAUGAAGAUCUUCAGAGGCUGCUGCCUGUGAUCAAGAAAUCCAGGAGAGCUGUGCUGUCAGGCUGUAGAGUCACAGAAGAAGGCGGUUCUUCCCUGGCUUCAACUCUGAGGUCAAACUCCUCACACCUGAGAGAGCUGGACCUGAGUGACAAUGACCUGAAGAAUUCAGGAGUGAAGCUGCUCUCUGCUGGACUGGGGGAUUCACACUGUAAACUGGAGAUACUGAGACUAUCAGGCUGUAGAGUCACAGAAGAAGGCUAUUCUUUGCUGGCUUCAGCUCUGAGGUCAAACCCCUCACAUCUGAGAAAGCUGGACCUCAGCUACAACCACCCAGGAGACUCAGGAGUGAAGCUGCUCUCUGCUCACCUGGAGGAUCCCAGCUGUAAACUGGAGAAGCUGAAACUCCUGCCAGCUGACGCUGGACCCCAACACAGCAAACAGCCGCCUGUCUCUGUCAGAGGGGAACAGGAAGGUGACAUGGGGGGCAGAGCAGCCAUAUCCUGAUCAUCCAGAAAGAUUUGACUUCUGGUCCCAAGUUCUGGGCAGAGAGAGUCUGACUGGUCGCUGUUACUGGGAAGCUGAGUGGAGUGGAGAUGG